AUGAAGAAAUUCAUUCUGGGGAUAUUUCUCGCUAUAGCAUCAAUUACCGAAAUUACUUAUGCUCAAAGAACUCCAACGAUAUCUUAUCUAUCCCAGGAACAAAUCGUGGAUAUUGGACAGUCAGUCGAAUUAAAAUGUUCGGUAGUAUACGGCGAUGAAUAUCCAGUUUUCUGGUUAAAAGUUGAGAGCGAAAAAGAAAGACUGCCAAUUUCUUCGGGAACUUCUUUAAUUGUUGGAGAUUCGAGAUUUUCUAUUUCUUAUUAUGCCGACAAUUCAACUUACACUCUUCGGAUUGACAAUGUCCAACAAACAGAUCGUGGUAUUUACGAAUGUAGAGUACAAGUUGCUGUAGAUAAUCCGACUCCAGCAUACGUGCAAUUACAAGUACGAUUCGAACCAUCAAUAACCGAUAAUUCAACGAAUAAUUUUAUUACCACUGAAGGAAAAAGUGUCCAACUUGAAUGUUAUGCUAAUGGUUAUCCAGCACCUACUAUUUCAUGGCGAAGACAAUCUGUUCCUUUUUCGAGUGGAGGCUUAAUUAUUAAAGGAAAUAUAUUGACUAUUCCAUCGAUUACUAAAGAUGAUCGUGGAAUUUAUUAUUGUAUUGCUACAAAUGGAGUCGGACGUGGACAUCGUCGUAUUAUAAAUGUAGAAGUCGAAUUUGCCCCAGUAGUUACAGCCAAGCGACCUUAUGUUGGUCAAGCUCUGACGUAUGACCAGGAUUUAGAGUGUCACGUAGAAGCUUAUCCUCCACCAGCAAUUUCAUGGAUCAAAGACGGUGAAGAAAUCAGUAAUAAUCGAGACUAUCGGAUAUCACACUUCGCUACAGCUGAUGAAAUAUCUGACACAACUCUUCGUGUUAUUACUGUUGAAAAAAGACAAUACGGAAUGUUUUAUUGCAAAGCCAGCAAUAAAUACGGCUCUCAUAAUACGUCAAUAGAAUUAUUUGAAACAAUCAUUCCGGUAUGCCCACCAGCUUGUAAUCUAUAA